UUGCGGCGGAAGUUCCUGGGCCAGCUCGGGUCACGUGGGAGCGGCUGCACGGCUCGGAGCUCGAGCUCAGGAAGUAUGGCACUCUGGCGGGCAUAUCAACGGGCCCUGGCUGCUCACCCGUGGAAAGUACAGGUCCUGACGGCUGGGUCGCUGAUGGGCCUGGGUGACAUUAUCUCACAGCAGCUGGUGGAGAGGCGGGGUCUGCAGGAACACCGAAUGGGCCGGACCCUGACCAUGGUAUCCCUGGGCUGUGGCUUUGUGGGCCCUGUACUAGGAGGCUGGUAUAGAGUUUUGGACCGGUUCAUUCCUGGCACCACCAAGAUGGAUGCACUGAAGAAGAUGUUGUUGGAUCAGGGGGGCUUCGCACCAUGUUUCCUAGGCUGCUUCCUCCCACUGGUAGGGACACUCAAUGGACUUUCAGCCCAGGACAAUUGGGCCAAACUACAGCGGGAUUAUCCUGAUGCCCUCAUCACCAACUACUAUCUCUGGCCUCCUGUGCAGUUAGCCAACUUCUACCUGGUCCCCCUUCAUUACAGGGAGGAUCCUGCUUCCACAACCCUUGUCUCCACCCCACCUGAGCUCUCCACCUCUGAUGGCAUAUCUGCAGGACAGUGCCUGGGGUGCUGCAGCCUAGGUUAGACAGAGAGGUAGACCAAAAAGCCAAGUAGGAAGCUGGUCAGGUUGGCUGUUGUCCAGUGUGUUGCUGUUAUCUGGAAUGCCUACCUGUCCUGGAAGGCACAUCAUCUGUAAACCUGCCUCACUCCACUGUUUCCACCUUGCAGUGGUGCAGCGUGACCUUGGAAUGGUCAGACAACCUCCUCAAAGUGGGCACAUCAGCUUCCAUGGGGCUGCAUUGUCGAUCAGAACUUAAUGGGAUUCUUGCUUUGAAAUGCACCAUUUCACUACUCUGAAAUGUGAAAUGGCCACUUUUGAAACUACUAAAGCCUUUAUAAUGGUCUUAUUCCCACCACAUACUAGGCAUUCCAUAAAUAUUUGUUGAACCAUAUGACCUUGUCAACUUUACACCCACACCCCAGCAAAUAAAUGCCACUUCCCCACUCUU